AUGACAAUUCAGGAUAAACCAACAUUCCCAGACGAUGUCCUAUUCAGGAGGCUAAUUGAUAUUGCAAUUGAAAGAGACAGCAAAACCAUUGUCGACGAUUAUAGUACUGGAACGCAGUUCGGCUAUCGUCAAAUCCUCCACGGGAUUGCGAAGCUUCAACAAACAUUGCAAGGACUCCUGCAUCUUUCUGAAUCACGGAAGCCUGGUAGCGUCUACGUUGCUCUACUUGCCCCAAAUGGAUACGAAUUUAUUGUUGGAGUCAUCGCCGUUCUGGCGGUUGGUGGAGUGGUCGUUCCAAUGCUUUCAUUCACAGCGACCGGUGCACUGCCCGCCGAAGCAGCGUAUAUCAUUCAACAGUGCAAUGCGCAGGUCAUGAUCGUUAGCAGAGAGCUGACUGAGUCUGCGACGCAAAUUCAACGAGAAGUCGAGAUUCCAUCCAUCACGAUUGAAGGCAACACCCAUACCUCGAGUAAUCUCCCUCCCGCUGGGUCCUACAGACUCGAUAGCACACUUGCAGUAUCCGAAGAGACUCCGAGUAUUUUGUUCUUCACCUCGGGGACGACUGGUCCCCCAAAGGGUGUCCUCCAUUCCCGGCGCACGAUCAACAAGUAUGCCCAUAUGGAGACAGAGCCAGCGACAAACGACGAUAUCUGCAUAAUUCCGAGAGGAGCAUUCUGGUCGAUUUAUUUCACAAAGCUCUUCCAGAUGCUUCUCGCUGGGGUGCGCGUUGAGAUUCAGAACUUUGGACGCAAUUACAAUCUCAUUUGGGAAAGGCUUCGUGAACAGGCGGGAACGAAGAUUGUCUUGUCUCCUACCUUUUGGUACGGUAUGAUGCUGCACUAUGAAAGUCAUAUUUCGAAGUUGCCGGAGCAGGUGAUUCAAGACUACAUUGACGGUGUGCGAUAUAUUCGAGACGCGUGUGAUACGGGCGCCAUGCCUUCAAGUCGGGUCAAGCAGUUCUGGCAGGAAAUGCGCGGUGGAAAGCCACUUAGGGUGCUGUAUGGGUCUACGGAAACGCAGGAGAUAGCUAUGUGGGAUGGGGCAAUAGGGAGCGAAGAGGUAAUACGCCACAAUGAGAGAUCAAUAUGGUAG